UCAAUAUCAGUGGGUUUUUAUUUGUAUAAAUAUAUUUCAGAUUGUAUAGUUUAGAAAGAAUGCAACCCCUGAUCAAUAAGACUAACUUCAUUGUAGUACGUACUAAAUUAGAUAAUUUAAAUUUAGUUAAAAUUAAAUAAUUUAACCAAAAAGGAAAGUUUAUAUACGCACAAUUUUUAUGGUAAUAUAAUAUUCAAUCUUUUCUCUUUUAAUUUUGUAAUAAAUCAGUUUUAGUGAAAAUAUAAUAACAAGGUAAACUAUUUUCUUGUUUUUUUUUUGUCAUCAAACUAUUUUCUUGCAUACAUUCCAUAUACAUGAUGCACAAAAAGUCUUUGACCAUCACCAAUUAAUCAUUACUCCCUCUGUUUUUAAAUGUAGGUAGUUUUAGCAAAAAGAGUUUGUUUCAUAAGUAGUUUACAUAUUUCAAUGCACCUUUUUCAUUUAUUGGAUAUUGUGUGACCAAUAAAAUAAUAUUAAGCUUUUUAUAAUUGGUUGAAUUAAUUGAUUAAAUGAUAUAUUUUUUUAGAUAACAACUUUCUAAAUAUUUGUGCUUUUAAGUAAAACUACUUAUAAUUAAAAACAGAGGGAGUAUUAAUUAAGAUUUUGCUAAACUUUCUUGAAUACAAUUUUUGUUAUAUACUUAUAUGUACAUAUUGAAAAGAAAAUGAUACAUGUAUUUUAGAACAAUCCACACCUUUAUAUAAACCAGGAUCUUUUAGUAUUCAGAUAUGACCCCUCAAAAUAUAGAGCACAUCGAUUGACCAAAGGGAUGAAUAACCUCUAUCUUUCUCUGUUUAUCAUCGCAUUGGGCGUAGGAUUGAGUAACGCCCUGGCCAUCAAAAUGAAAAAUUCAGUACAUUUUAUAAACUCUCUUGCUGGAAACAACGUCCUUAAAAUUCAUUGUAGAUCAGACGAAGACGAUCUAGGCGAGCACCUUUUGAAGCCUGGAGAAGUCUACGAUUUUAGUUUUUAUGAUAGUAUCUUCGGAACCAGGAUCAAUUGUGAUUUAGCUCAGGGAAUUGAAUUCAGAUUUCAUGCGAAGUUCAUGGCAUAUAAAAGUGGUGGUCUCAUACUUCAUUAUGGUAAGAAGAAUUUUUGGUUUUGCAGAGAUGAUGGGAUUUACUUUACCCAUGGUAAGCAAACGCCAAAGUUAGAAUAUAAGUGGGUUUACAAAGUCAUUGACAUGGCACCGUCUCCUUACUGAUCAUAAUCUUUUUCUCAAUAAAUUGAUGUGAUUUACUGAAAUGAAGUGAAAAGAUCUUCUUUGUCUUAAGUACAAUUUUAUAAAUUCCGUUUCUUGGAAUGGAUGCCUAUUAAUAUAUGGAAUAAAAUAUUGCAAUCUAUAUUUAGAACGCAACUUUCCCCUAA